AUGUCCGGUCGGACGAUGCCCUUCCAGUUCCACACGCGCCGACCUUCGGCCGUGGUUCGCCAGUCCGGCCCGGGGAGAUCGACCCUGCACGUCGACUUGGCCGCCGGCGGGGGCGCAACCACAGCGGCAGCAGGAGCAGCAGCGGGCGGCGCCGGCAGGGGCACGGGGGGCGGCGGUUGGAGGGGGAGGAGGGGAUGGUGGGGGUCCAGCCGCCGGCUUCCGGACUUCCUCGAGUUUUGGGGCUUUGCGGCGGCGGUUCCCGAGGACGAGAGAUUGCGGAGGGAACGCGAGCGUCGUGAGCGUAGUCAUCGCCGCCGUGGACUCGCUGGGUCGUGCGUGCGGUCGCCGGAGUUUUCGAUCUUCGUCCUGGGGCUGGCCGCGCUGCUGGCCUUCAUCGUGUUCAUCUGCGACAUGAUCACCGGCAGGAGGUUGAGGCCGACUUCGGUCCUGGUCUUCGUCGCGGCGGGCACCUACUGCCUCGCCCUCAUCAAGCAGCAGCGGGACCUCGCAGCCUCGGAGCAAGCGCUCGUGAUCGAAAUCAUGGACGGCUCGGCGACCAGCUCUUCUCGGCGGGUGAUAAGCAAAGAGGACCGGCGAAACCUGUUUGACUACUUCACGUUCCGACGGUCUUCCUCCACCAACAAGGGGGUUUGGACAGCGGCGACGGCGACUCAAACAGAUAAAGAUGCCGAGGUGAGCGCCAUGGAGCAGGGGACGGCUGCGCCUACGGCGGCGGCGGCAGCGACGGCGGCAGCGGCGGAUGACGAUGGCGAGGUCAGCGGCGGCGGAGACACGAGCGACCGCGAGGAUGAAGCUGGGUCACCGAGGCCUUGUUCUUUGCCGUCGCCUUUGGGGCUUUCCGCGCCGACCCGUGGGCCGCGGGGGGCAGGUUCUGAUACCGCUGCGCCCCCUUCUCCGGAGCAGCCACUCGCCACUCCGCCGGUGUCGCCCUCGGCUCUGGCGCUGGCGGGCACCCUGCAAGGGGAGGGAGCGGCGGCGGCGGUCGGUGGUGUUGCUGACGACGGGACGGCGGAGGUUCUUGGGGGGGUUGAGGUGGUGGGAGUUUCGGGGAAGGAGGAGGGGGGAGGGGUGAUGAUGCUGGCGCCGUCGUCGGGAGCGGCGGCGGGAUUGUCUCCGUUAUUUUCUGUGGCUUUGGGUCGUGACGAGGGAGAAAGCGCGAUCAGGGGAAGCUGCUGCGGUGGUGGCGUCGCUGACAGCGAUGAAAGCGGCGAGGGGGGGUCUGGCAGCAAGCCUUCCGUGGCGGGGCCUGAAAAGCGGCCGCCGCCGGAGGGAGAGGAGUUCGAUGAUAAGGAGGUCCCCGAGAGAGGAAUGACCGGAGGACUUUCCGAGCUGUGGUCUUCGGGCGAGUCGUGCAUCAUAUGCUUCGGGGAAUACGCCGAGGGUGACGUCUUGUGCCGGCUGCCCUGUCGUCACACGUACCACGCAGAGUGCAUCGACGCCUGGUUGGAUGGCCCCGGCCACUCCUGGUGCCCCCUGUGCAAGUCCAGCCUCCUGCCCCCGUCGGAGCCUCGAAACGGCUCCGACAACGACGAGAUCGGCGGCGCCGGUGGCACCAACGCUACCACCACAAGCGCCGACAGCAAUGCCGAAUGGUUAGGCUCCUCCGCCCCCGCCGCCGGCGCAGCAACCGUCGGCGACGAAGCCGUGUGAAUACACCUUGGCUUUCCCGCGCUAGGCGGCACACCCUUUGCAUGUGCAGCUACAAUAGCUGUGGAUUGCGGGGGGCUGCAGGAUGAGUAAUUUAACAAGGCAAAGGUUUGCCGGGGGCGAUUAGCGGGGUGUUCCGCCAUGUUUCCUUGGCGUUUUGGUCGAUGCUGCUGCGCAUAGAGGGCGAGAGGGACUUGGGAGUUGCGAUGUGCCACGUUCUCCCGUUUUUUGUUGCUUGUUUUGGAGGCGGUUUUGGCUGAUGCAGCCCAUGGAGGGUGUCAAGAUGGCUUGGAGUUGCGAUGUGCUAUGCAUACAUACUUUCAUCCCAUGUUUUGUUGCUUGUUUUGGAGGGUAACUUUACAGUUUUGGGCCGAUGCAGCUCAUUGAGGAUGUCCAGGGACUUGUGGGGAGUUGCUAUGUGCCACCUUCACCUUUCUAGUUGCUGGUUGUCCGUUUUGGAGGUAUUCAGUUAUUGAUUGUUCACGGGCUGGUGAUGAAAACUAUCACUUUUUUUGCACCGUGUUUUGUCCGUGUUGCGGCUGCGGCGAAGGAGGUACUGCUGUAACGCGGCGGGUUGGGGGGGGCAUAGCCUUUUGGCCACGGGUGCCAGUGCUAUGUAAAUACUAUUUCAGUGCAGGUGCCGGAAUAAAGCGGUCGCCCUAUGUAUGGCGGGUGAAAUUGGCUGGCAUUGACGGAAGAAUCAAGUUAUUCGACACGUUGAAUAACGCGGCUGCCCCAUAUGCAUAUGAGGCGGUCAUUGUCAGCUGCCCCACCUCCGCCGUUUUGGAGGGGGACCCCACUGUAGUCAAUAUUAUGUAAUACUGUUCAUGUUAGACGUGAUGUCUAGUCGUUUAUUCGGAUAUGUAUGGAUCGUCGUUUGGACCGGUUGAAGGCCGGCCCUUGGCAUAUGUAUGUUUCUAUUUUUUUUUUCCCGUAUUUAGGGUGAACAGGCGGGAAGUCCUACUUGUUGUUGCCCUCAUUCACCGAGUGUUGGUUUCUUUUUGCAAACUACUACUGUAGUGUAGCCUAGUACAGGAUACCGCUCAUAGUCAAUCGUGUGACGGUGGGAUCCUUCAAUGCUUCUGCGAUUUACUUCAAAGUAGCAGUCCAUGACAACAGGAUACCGCUACUACGAUAAUUGUUCGUGUGAGGGUACUGUAUAGGAUUUUUCGGCUUCGACGGAGGAUGACGUCUUUCACUAACUUCACUAACUGUUUUAGUCUAAAAUUUAUUGCAGGAUACCACUGCUACAUGUUUGAGUGAGGGAUGGAGUUUUUUGGCUUGUUCGAGGAGGGAGGAUUGAUGUCGCAGGGAAUCCGCGCUGUUGCCUUUUUAACGGCCGUGUUUGUGUCUGCAUUCUGCGGCCCGCUUCAUCUCGGCGGCGAUUUACCUUUUUUGCACGUGAUUGCAUCGCGUAAAAAUGUGGUCCGGUUUUUUCCCGGAUUGUUGCUGCCGAGAUGCUCGCUGAAUCUGAUCGUGCUGAGUUUUUUGGGGUUUGGGCUGUGGUGGAUGAUGUUUCGGUUUGUGGUGUUGCCGACGCGGGGUGCAACGUGCCAAUGGCUACCCAUGAACGUCGGCGGAAAAUUCGCCUUCUUCGCUGCCGGGUUAACGUUGUCUGUCGGGUCUAUCUGGUUACGGAAUACCGUGGAUUGUUUAUUCGACGCCACUAGACUAGUUCAUUCAGAGAUGGCUCCAUGGCGGGUAACUUUGUCCGUCGGGUGCAUCUAUAACGGGAUACACAACCGUGGGUUGAUAUGUAUAAGGUAUGUACAAAAGCGUGAUAAUUGUUGAUUCUUUUUGCGAGUCGCGUCAUCGGGUGAGCGCACGCACGGCAGGACGUACCGCGUACAUUUGGGGGACAUUGUUUUGUGUUAGUGCUGGUGCCCGAAAUACUACUGCCGGUUUAUUCGGCGGCCGCACACACUGAAUUGCUAAGUGAUUCAGUCAUUCCUGUGCUGUGAAUAUGGCCGGUGUAGUGCCGCCGUCAGCUCUCUGGGAACCGGCAUUAUACAGCCCCCCCCCCACUGUAUUGAUUGUUGAUGCGCAUCUCCUACUGUGCCGAGAGAGAAGUUGUAGCACAGUGCUUGCCGGCCCCUUGGUAGAACCAACCGUGUCGUGAUACGGGGUAGCCCCCCCCCGAGAGGGUCACCAAGGUUUUAAACCGGCAGCGGGUCCAUUUUUUUUUUUUUCAUUCUUGAAAGGUUGUACAUAGUCCUCGUUGGGUAAGCAGUUGGCUUUGGCUUGUGAUGACGGAAGGCGUUUGCGUCAGUUGGACCAGUACGGGAAUUCUGAGCAGAGACCGAACGGGUUUUAGUGUGAAGACAACAACUACAACGACAGCCCAAGGCGCUUUGCGGAUGGACUCCUUGAGGUUUUGCUUUCAAGAUAAACCGCGGCAGGGGUAGAUUCAAGCACCAACUCGGAGGAGGAUUGCUUAAGAGGUACUGUAUUUUCUCCUCUUGCGAGUGCUCUUGAUGCGGGGACAUCGUAACAGGGGCUGCAAUUGGUCGUCGCGUGCGGGAUGUUCACUAUUUAGCAAACCGCUGCUUCAGUUUGCGUCGCCAGUUUCAGAACCUCCUAUUUUAACCGAGGCUCGUUCUUGUCUUCUUGUGUGUAUGUGGUCUUCUUAUUUUCUCUCGUAUGAUAGGGGUAUCCCCAAAAGCGGCUAACAGGCUCAAGUGCAUUUCACGAUUUUUGACUUGACGGAGCAGCCGUUCGUAAGGCCAAGUUCUCAAGUGCGGGGCACCAACUGUCGGGAUCUGCGAUUGGUACGGUAUAUUUUUGUCCUUCGACGUUGGUAUCGAGGCGUAUGUACGUGUUUGCUGUCUCUCUCUUCGCGCCCCCUCCAUCUCUGCUUCUCGUUAUAUCACACUCUGGGGGUAUUUUUUUUUGGUCUGGUGAUCUGUUGCGAGCAACAAAAAAUGCUAAUGGGCUUGCUUAUGUUU